AGCACAAACAUAUAUCUUCAUAAAAAAAUGGCUUCCAUACUCGCAAAAAAUCUCUCCAUAUGCUUGAUACUUGUCUUGUGUGCAUGUGCAUGCGCAUUGGACACCGCCGCGUCUCGUGCCUACGACUUCCCGUCCGUGACUAAAAAGUUCGAGGAGUGGAUGACUCGGCAUGGGCGUGACUAUAGAGACGACGCCGAGAAGGCGAAGCGUCUGAAGAUUUUCCAGGAAAACCUGCGGCUCGUCGAGGAGUUCAACAGCGCGGCGAACCGGACUUACGAGCUCGGAUUGAACAAGUACUCGGAUUUAACCAACGAGGAAUUUGUGGCAACAUAUACAGGAUACAAAUUGCCAUCAUCAACACGCAGGAAUUCCUCCAAACUCCAUUCAUUUCAGGACCAAGGUCCGAAUAGCAUUCCGGACAGCGUCGAUUGGGUCAAAAACGGUGCAGUCAACCCUAUAAAGUACCAAGGCCAAUGUGGAUCUUGUUGGUCGUUCUCCGUGGUGGCGGCAGUGGAAGCGAUCACGCAGAUCACCUCAGGCGUGCUGCCAAACCUGUCCGAGCAGCAACUCAUAGACUGCGCCACCAACGGCGGCAACCAGGGCUGCCAAGGCGGCUGGAUGGACAGCGGCUUCCAGUACAUCAUCGACAACAAAGGCAUCAGCUCCGAGUCGGACUACCCGUACGUCGGGGCCGACGGGACCUGCGACAAGCAGGCCUCGUCCGUCGCCGCGGCCAAGAUAUCGUCCUACACGGAUGUCAACCCGAGCGAGGACGACAUGCUGGCAGCCGUGGCGAUGCAGCCGGUGUCGGUGGCGCUCGACGCGAGCGGGUCCGAGUUCCAGAAUUACAAGGGCGGGGUCUUCGCCGGCCCGUGCGGCACCAGUUUGAACCAUGCAGUGGCCGUGGUUGGGUACGGGGCGGACACGGACGGGACCAAGUUCUGGUUGAUAAGGAACUCUUGGGACGUUUCGUGGGGCGAGGAAGGGUAUAUGAGAAUUCAAAGGGAUGCUGGAGUUGAAGGUGGACUUUGUGGAAUUGCUUCGAAAGUUUCUUAUCCCGUUGCAUAAGUAUUUAUCUAAGAGAUUAUGGCUUCGAGUUCUGUCGAUAUGAACUAAGCUUAGUCUAAGUUGAAAUAUUUCGGGUCAAUUACUAUAGUUGAUCUCGUGUAUUUACUGUUUUAAAUUUCAGCUAGACCCCAUGCGACCUUUGCUGGGUUUCUUAUGCUGAAGUUUCUUGAGUGGGUACUGUGUUUCUAUGAUAAUGAGUAAUGACAAUAAAGAAGAUUUGAAGACAGUCCUU